AUGGAAACAGUAGCUAUAAAUCUUAUAACGGAUAAACAUAACUUACGAAUUAUAUCAGCAUACGAGUACAAUCCACCGAACAAGAGAAUUCAAAACUCAGACUUGCCAAUGCUUUUCUGCAAUACCCCCACCAUACUCCUAGGAGAUCUUAAUUCUAAAAACAUAAUCUGGGGCUGUAAAAAAACAAACCCAAACGGACUAAAAUUGUACGAGUACACGUCAGACUUAAACAUCAUGAUCUAGUAAACCUUUAACAAAGAAACAUAGAAGAUCAACCAAUAGUCAAUUACAUUAGCCCAUGUACCCCUAAAGAAAUACAGAUAAUAAUAAAUAAACUAGCUAAUAAAAAAAGCCCGGGUCAUGAUAUAAUAAAAAAUAAAAUACUCAAAAAUCUCACGUCAAAAUCUCUAUCAUACAUAGCUAGCCUCAUGAACUCCUCCAUGAGACUAGGUUAUUUUCCCGACACAUGGAAAAUUGCAAUCAUUAUCCCUAUAUAUAAACCAGAAAAACAAAAUAGUUCACCCAAAAGUCACAGACCCAUAAGUCUACUCCCAACUUUCUCAAAACUCCUUGAAAGAAUUCUGCUGCACAGAAUUAAACCGUUCCUAAAAAUUAUACCACUACAUCAAUUUGGUUUCAAACCAUUUCAUUCGACAACCCAUCAGCUACAAUGGAUCUUUGAAAUCAUAGUAAACGGUUACAAAAAUAAAAAAUUUACUACGACAGCCUUUUUAGACAUAUCACAGGCCUUCGAUAAGGUUUGGCACCAUGGACUUAUUUUAAAAAUAAAAUCCCUAAACCGACCUUUAUACCUUAACAAUACACUCUUGUCAUUUAUAGCAAAUCGCAAAUUUCAUGUCAGAAUAGGAGCAGAUAUAUCACAAAUACAUAAUGUAAAGGCUGGAGUUCCAGGUAACUAUUGUGAUCCAUUAAAAUUUUAAAAUAUAUUUCCAAAUGUUUAGAAAUUUACUUAAAUUUAUUGGGCUAAAAAAAACCUCUUCAAGAAGUACACAUGUACCUAUGUUAAUAGGUACAGUAGGUAACAUUUCUUGAAUCGCGGUUUUAUCCCGCAAAUAUGUACACAUGUACCUAUGUUAAUAGGUACAGUAGGUAACAUUUCUUGAAUCACGCUUUUAUGUGGUAAAUAUGUACACAUGUACCAAUUUAAAUAGGUACAGUAGGUAACAUUAUCAUAUCCACUUAUUCAAAAAUUUUAAACAUUUGUAAAAUAUGAAAGAGGAAUUCCUUUUCAUAUCGUUGAUCAUUUUAAUAGUACACAUGUACCAAUAUAAAUUGGUACAGUAGGUAACUAUUGUGAUCCAUUAAAAUUUUAAAAUAUUGUUCCAAAUAUUUAGAAAUUUACUUAAAUUUAUUGGGCUAAAAAAAACCUCUUCAAGAAGUACACAUGUACCUAUGUUAAUAGGUACAGUAGGCAACUUAACUUGAACAAUGAAUUUUAAAAAUAUUGGUGAGAAUGUAUACAAAUAAGAUUUAUAGGGGUUCGACAUGACAACGAUCUCUUCAAGAAGUACACUUGUACCUAUGUUAAUAGGUACAGUAGGUAACAUUUCUUGAAUCGCGCUUUUAUGUGGCAAAUAUAUACACAUGUACCAAUUUAAAUAGGUACAGUAGGUAACUAUUGUAAUUCUUAAAAUUUAAAAAUAUUGUUCUAAAUGUUUAGAAAUACACUUAUACGGGUUUGGGCAUGACAAUGACCUCCUCAAGAAGUACACAUGUACCUAUGUUAAUAGGUACAGUAGGUAACAUUUCUUGAAUCGCGGUUUUAUCCCGCAAAUAUGUACACAUGUACCUAUGUUAAUAGGUACAGUAGGUAACAUUUCUUGAAUCACGCUUUUAUGUGGUAAAUAUGUACACAUGUACCAAUUUAAAUAGGUACAGUAGGUAACAUUAUCAUAUCCACUUAUUCAAAAAUUUUAAACAUUUUUAAAAUAUGAAAGAAGAAUUCCUUUUCAUUUCGUUGAUCAUUUUAAUAGUACACAUGUACCAAUAUAAAUUGGUACAGUAGGUAACUAUUGUGAUCCAUUAAAAUUUUAAAAUAUUGUUCCAAAUGUUUAGAAAUUUACUUAAAUUUAUUGGGCUAAAAAAAACCUCUUCAAGAAGUACACAUGUACCUAUGUUAAUAGGUACAGUAGGUAACAUUAUCAUAUCCACUUAUUUAAAAAAUUUUAAACAUUUUUAAAAUAUGAAAGAAGAAUUCCUUUUCAUUUCGUUGAUCAUUUUAAUAGUACACAUGUACCAAUAUAAAUUGGUACAGUAGGUAACUAUUGUGAUCCAUUAAAAUUUUAAAAUAUUGUUCCAAAUGUUUAGAAAUUUACUUAAAUUUAUUGGGCUAAAAAAAACCUCUUCAAGAAGUACACAUGUACCUAUGUUAAUAGGUACAGUAGGUAACAUUUCUUGAAUCGCGGUUUUAUCCCGCAAAUAUGUACACAUGUACCUAUGUUAAUAGGUACAGUAGGUAACAUUUCUUGAUUGCGGUUUUAUCCCACAAAUAUGUACACAUGUACCUAUGUUAAUAGGUACAGUAGGUAACAUUUCUUGAAUCGCGCUUUUAUGGGGCAAAUAUAUACACAUGUACCAAUUUAAAUAGGUACAGUAGGUAACCUUUACUUAUAUACUAAUUUGUUAAGAGUAAAAAUUUAAAAUUAUUUUAGAAAACUUCUAGGUCAUUCUCUUUCUUUAAACAAAUAGGAAACAUGUACCAAUAUAAAUCGGUACAGUAUGUAACUAUUGUAAUUCUUGAAAUUUAAAAAUAUUGUUCUAAAUGUUUAGAAAUACACUUAUACGGGUUUGGGCAUGACAAUGACCUCUUCAAGAAGUACACAUGUACCUAUGUUAAUAGGUACAGUAGGUAACAUUUCUCACCUAACACCCAAUAGAAGUCCCCUACAAUUAAAACAUUCGAUCAUCCUGCCUUAUACGUAGGAGAUUUUAACAGUCACAGUCUGGAAUGGGGGUAUGAUGAAAAUGAUGCUAAUGGAAACAAACUUCAGGAAUGGAUGGCCCUACGCAACAUGAAACUCAUAUAUAACGCCAAAGAUAGUAAAAGUAAGGAAAGUAGCCAAAGGGUACUUUCCGGUCAGCAAGGUGGUUAA